GAAAACUUUGACUUGAAGCUGGAAUUAUAUCACCGCCGCGAAAAGCAGUCUACGCUGGAAUCAAGCAUCGAAACCCUGGAAAAGGAGAAGCGCCAGACCGAAGAGAUGAACGAAACGCUGCUCGACGAGCUCGAAAAACGCGACAAGGCUGUUGAGGAGGCCGUCGCCAUGAUCGUCAUGCUGGAGGCCAAGGUGGACCAGUUGCUUCAAGAGAGGAACAUGGUCCUGCAGGUCGAACAGGAGGGUUUCUUUUGCCGUCAAGACAUGGAGCAAAAGUAUCUCCGGGCCAUCAACCGCGUGCCAAGCUUCCUUUCAGAAAAGAGCGAAAACACCGAAAACUUGCGCAACGUCUAUCUCGGAGUCCGGGGAAGUGCGCUGAGUCUGGCACGAGUCACUGAAGGGAACAUUGAGGUGGAUAACGGCGCAACUAAUGGACCGGCUCCGGGUAGCCCAACCUUGAGCGUCCUCAGCGAGAGCUCCUUU